ACAAAAACAUGGCGGCUGUUUUCAAAACACUUUAACUGUCAAACAAUAUUUCAUUGUUUUCUUUUCAUUUGUUAGUAGUUAAAAGACAGUUAUGGUUGAAAAGGGUAGAUUUCUUGUAGUUGUAUCUGUGUUAGAAGGUCGCAGGUUUCCAAGGAGACCAAGACACCAGUUGAUAGCGGAGGCAAAGUUUGAUGGAGAACUGUUGUCUACAGACCCUGUAGAUCAUGUUGAGACACCAGAUAUAACACAAGAGCUGGCCUGGGAGCUAGAUAAGAAAGGGCUGCAACAGCAUAGGCUGCAGAGAACAUCCAUAAAGAUACAAUGUUAUGCUGUGGAUACAAACACUUCUGUGAAGGAAGCUAUAGGAUAUGUUGUGCUGGAUCUUAGAUCUGCUCAUAAUAAACAAACAACAAAAUGGUACCCGUUGUUAUUGGGAAAGUAUCAUAAAAACAAACCAGAGAUCAGGCUUGGAUUGUAUCUAGACGAGGACAAAUCUGCCGAAGUCAACACAAGCUUUAAGGCAAAAGAGGCACCACCAAGAUUAAUAGAGACAGAAUCACCUGUAAAGGACAAAGACACACGAUUGUUAAAGCCUAUUUUAAAUGAAGAUGAGGGGUACUAUCAGCUUGGUCCAGCUAAACAGUGUACUGAACAAUUUGUCUUAUCAGUUACCAUAGCAACAGCGACUAAUCUUACACAGUUAAUACCAAGCACACAGCCAUUACCUCAAGGGGCUGGGUAUUUCUUUUACUUUUCCUUGUUUGGCAAUGAUGUUACAAAUGAGGUAUUCCAUGAUUUGAUCAAACCAAGUUUUCCAGCAGAGAGAGCCUCGGUCCGGCUACGAAGUAGUGUUGAAGCUAUACGGAUGUUUCUGGCCAGUCAACCUGGUCUACAGGUGCAUUUAUGUUGUGGUGAACAGUCACUGGGGCGUGCAGAGAUUCCCCUAAUUAACCUUCUCAAGAAAAGCAGUACAGAGAUAUACAUGAAGCCUGUGUCAGUGGAGGGUUCUUUUGAGUUAGUACCACCAAAUAGAACAAAGCAACAGAUGUCUACCGUCCCGUCAGGAAUGUCACCAGUAGUUGGAUUGUCUGUGGUGCUCAGAAAGGAAGAUAUG